CUUUGAGGAAGUCAUCGAGGUCCGCCAAAGUUUCAGAAGAUGCCCAUAAUUACAGAGCAAGAUCGCGUGCGCAUGGGCACAGUUGCCUCGCCACUGGCGAAGGCUGUUGAACAACGUGCAGGACCUGCAGUAGGGGGCGAGCAUUCAGAAUGGCGACAGCGAAGAGCGGACCAUCUCGCAAAGUUGCGACAUCUUUAUCCGAUCCCAGGCCCGAUUCCUGAUCAAGUUCAUGAGAAGAUGGGCACGAUACAAGCCAGAGACGGCUACCAGAUCCCCGUCAGGAUCUAUAAACCAGUGAGAUCUGUCUCGAAGUCAGCACCUGUCAUCGUCAUGCUACACGAAGGCGGCUGGACAAUGGGCGACCUGACAGAUGAAGACCUGAACUGCCGCAUGUUUGCGCGAGAUAUUGGAGCACUCUGUAUCAAUGUCGAUUACCGACUAGGACCCGAACACCCAUGGCCAAAAUGCGUAGAAGACUGCUACGAUGUGGUUACAUACAUUGCGAAGACGGCAUCGCCGCAAAGUUCUGAGCUUCCCGGAGAUCCAACAGCUGGUUUUAUUGUAGGAGGUUCCAGCGCUGGAGGCAAUCUAGCUGCUGUCAUGUCCCAGAUGACGCGAGACGAUGGGAUGAAGCCUGCGAUUACAGGACAAUAUCUUUCUGUGCCGUCACUGUUGUGGUGGGAUGCGGUUCCAGAGAAGUGGAAGUCCGAAUAUCGCAGUCGGAAGGAGUCUAUCAACGAUCCUCUAUUCGGAGACAAAUUCGUCACUCACGCGCCUCCGAAUUUUGCAGGUGAAGGCUCUACUGAUACACGGUUCAAUCCAUUGUUGCAUCCGGAUCUGGCCGGAUUGCCUGCUUGUUAUCUGCAAGUUGCUGGAUUAGAUCCAUUACGAGACGAAGCUCUGAUCUAUGAGAGUGUCUUGAGAGAAAAUAGAGUCAAGACGAGGCUCGAAGUGUAUGAUGGUUAUGGGCAUAUGUUCUGGACAAAUUGGCCGGAGUUGGAUCGGAGCACAGAAUACGUGCAGGACACGUUGGCGGGCUUCAAGUGGUUGCUGGGAGUGUGAGGUCCACCAACGGGCACCGCGUGGUUCAGGCGGCGGAGGAGAUUGUCGGCAGAUAGACCUGAACCUUGGACGGCGGAGACAGCGGUGCAGCGAGGAUUGCUCACAUAGAGUUGAUGCGAUGUGGAUGGCAUGUCGAGGACGAUGAACCACGCAUGUCAGCGGCCGUGGGGGCAACUG